AUGUCUGAACUUUACGGCACCAUCCAAAAGACCAUCGACCAGUACUUUACGUCGCUCGACGAGAUCUUCGCCAAGAAGAGCAUUGAGAGCGCCAGCCGUGCGCGCACUGACGACUGCACCUUCACCAUCGCGCCAGCAUCUUUUCUCCGCGACAAUGGAAUGCCGCCUGACCACAAGCUGACCAACGAGCAGCGGGCUGGGUACAUGAAGAGUCAGUUCCCGGCUAUGGACCACGCCGAGUCCGAGUCGGUCCAAACUGUCAUUGAUGCCCACACGAAAACGGCUGUUGUGCAGAAGCGCAACCACAUCACGCUCGUCAACGGCAAGAGCAUCACCACCGAGUGCGCGGUCUUUUUGUGGUUCACCGACGACGGCACCAAGGUCAAGAAAAUUGUGCAGUUCACCGACACUGCCGAGACUAAGAAGUACCUUGGAAUGGUCAAGGAGGCGAUCCAGGAACUGAAUGCUUGA